AUGGCUUAUGCUAGUGUUGCAUCUCUUAUGAGAACAAUGGGAUUGGUCUUGGCACCCAAGUCGCUGCUGAAAUCUCUAAUUAGUGACCACGAAGAAGAACUUCUAGCUCUUCAUGAAAAAGUGAGCUUCUUGGAAGUAUUUCUCAAGAAGUUUGAGAAAGACAACACUUCUGAGAAAAUGACAGAUCUGGAAGCGCAAAUAAAAGAGCUUGCAACUGUUUUUGAACAGAUAAUUCAACAGAGAAUAACAGAAAUCAUAUAUGCAAAUGAUGAAGUACAGAGAGAAAGGAUGCAUGAGAGGCUUUGGGAUAGCCUAGAACAAGUGGCGGAGGAGUUUGAUCGCAUCCAGAAAGAGUUGACAAAGUUUCAAGAUAAAGGCAAACAAGCACCAAAGGAAUUUUUGGUUCAAGAUGCAAGUUCAGUAAAACAUACUCCAUAUGUGGAGAACAAUAUGGUGGGACGUGAUGAUCAAAUGAAAAGGAUGCUGACAGAACUGACGCGGUACGGUGGUUCGUCUGGUGAACUCAAAGUCAUCCCAAUAGUUGGGAUGGGGGGCAUUGGUAAAACAACUUUAGCAAAAGAAGUUUACAAUGAUGAAUCUAUUCGACUUCAUUUUAAUGUUCAUUACUGGGCUACUGUAUCUCAAAAACACAAUGUAAAGGAAAUCUUGCUGAGCCUUUUGCGUUGUGCAAAGGGUGAACACUUUUACAUGGACGAUGAGGCAGAACUGGCAGACAUACUACAAAAGAGUUUAAAGGGUAAGAGAUAUUUAAUUGUAUUGGAUGACAUGUGGUAUAGUGAAGCAUGGGAUGCCGUGCGAUUGUGCUUUCCAAGUGAAAACAAUGGUAGUCGAAUAUUGCUAACGACCCGUAACACUGAAGUAGCUUGUUCUGCUGGUACAGGAAGUCUUUCUUUGCAGAUGGAUUUAAUGGGUACGGAUGAGAGUUGGAACCUUUUUGAAAGUAUUGCAUUUUCCAAUGAAGUACUACCAUCCGAAUUCAAGAUUAUUGGGAAACAAGUUGUAGACAAAUGCCACGGGUUACCACUAAGUAUUGCCGUGGUUGCUGGGCUUCUCAAAUCUAAAAGGACAAUAGAAUAUUGGGAAAAUGUUGCUAAAGAUGUUAAGUCAAUCACAAAUGAUCCUGAUAAAAAAUGUUUGGAUGUGUUGGGGUUGAGUUACAGUCACUUGACCAGUGAUAUAAAAGCUUGUCUACUGUAUUUUGGAAUUUUUCCAGAAGAUGAAGAGAUUUCAGUGAAGAGAUUGGUGAGAUUAUGGAUCGCUGAGGGGUUCCUGAAGUUGGAAAAUGAUUUGGAAGGAGAGGCUGAGAAGUGUUUGCAAGAGCUUGUUGAUAGAUGUCUAGUUCUUGUCAGCAAGAGAAGUCUUGAUGAAACAAAAAUUAGAUCAUGUAAGGUUCAUGAUCUAAUACAUGACUUGUGCUUGAGAGAAUUAACUCAAAGCCAAGAUGUUUUUGUCUUGAAUGACAUUCUGCCUUAUAAGAUGUGCUCAGUUGGAGCUCAAAGCUCAAAUCCUCUUCCUCUAGAAUAUUGUCGUCUUAGUAGGCAUGAAAUUCAGCCCUUAAAACAACGGACUAGUUAUCGGUCGGGUAAUUAUAGGGUCCUUCUUAACCCUGGAUUUCAUCAUCAUUUGAUAAGGGGACAGACAACUGAUGAUGACAACAAUCUCUUGAAACGAACUCGUUCUAUUUUCUCAGUGUUUCCCUUUUAUCUAGAGUUUCCUUUCGAACCAGAGCUUUUCCAUUUCGGUUCACUCAGAGUCUUGGACUUGACUGAUGUGACUUUUUAUACUUUCCCUUCAAAGAUACUACACCUUUUUUGGUUGAGGCACCUUUCAAUGUCCGGGUACUUUCGCGUACCACGACAAAUUUCCAUUUUACGCAAUCUGCAAACAUUCAUAUCUAAAUUGGGAUAUACUCCAGAGUUUCCACAAGAAAUUUGGGAACUACUAGAACUAAGGCAUCUCAAAACGAAGUCUAUUGAUUUGCCAAAGCCCCCAAGUUUACUUGUCAACGAAGAGAGGUUCUUCAUCUUUUCAAACAUACAUACUAUUUCUGGAAUGAAACCACAUUGUUGCACAGAAGAGGUUAUGUUAGGGAUUUCGAAUGUAAAAAAGUUAGGAAUAUGUGGAAGUCCAUAUGAGUAUGGACGUUUUCAAGAAUCAAGACUUGUCAACAAUCUCUUCCAUCUUCAUCAACUUGAAACAUUGAGUUUUGAAGUCGAAGUUCUGAGCCCGUACGAGAAUUCAUCAUUGAGCAUUCCAAGUGCAAAAGCUUUUCCAGUUACACUCAAGAAGUUAAAGUUGAUCGAUACUGAUCUAAGUUGGGAGGACUUGAACAUCAUAGGUGAAUUGCCUAACCUCGAGGUGCUGAAGCUGAAAUAUGGUGCUUGUCGUGGUGAUGAAUGGCAUCCAAUUGAAGGGGGAUUUGCUGGGUUGAAAGUUUUGCAACUUUACGAGAGUGAACUCAAGUAUUGGAAAGCCACAAAUGACAACUUCCCUAUCCUUGAGCGACUCAUAAUUACAUCUUGCUCUGAAUUGGACGAGUUACCCAUUGAAUUUGCAGAAAUCAACUCACUACGGCUAAUUGAGUUAAAAUGGUGUGAUCCCAAACUCGAGGACUCUGCUGCACGAAUUCAACAAGAACAAGAAUACCUCGGGAACAAACCAGUGGAUAUUCAUAUCAUAAUAUCCUUUGCUUUGCUUCCUUUUUUCUUUUAUUGUUCUAUUCUUGAUUCAGAGCUAAUGAAAGAUGAAGUGAUGUUAUCUCAGACUGAUUAUUUGCGAAGAAGUUCGGGCUGCAGGCUGCAACUCGCCUACAUGAAGUCGGAAUCGCUAGUAAUCGCUGAUCAGCCAUGA